UCGACGUUUUAUUAUUAAAGACCGAAUGUUUCAUUCAUUGAUGUAUAAUAAACGUGGUAAAUCUGUAAGUUACUUUAUACAAUAUUCAUUUGAUCAACGUCAUUAUUACUUUGGAACAAUUGAAUAUUUUUUCUUUCUACUAUCGAAAGAAAAAUCAUAUGCUGUUGUUAAUUUAUAUCCUGUCAAGCAAAACUAUAGUGAUUAUUUUCGUCUAUCGAAAUAUUAUCAUUUAUUGAAGAAACCUUUAGAUAGUUUCUUUUUUGUUUUAGAAAAUCAUCCUUGUAAAAAAACUAUCUUACUAACUGAUUUCAUAUUGAAACAUUGUAUUGUAUUUGACAUGAACGAAUAUAUUCUUGUUACACCUGUUUAGGCAUAUAAUGAACAUGAUUGAUUUCCUUGACAAUUCAUUUAAACCAUCUUUCUGUUUCAGAUAAAAAUUCAAGUAUAUCAUUUAAUAUAAUCAACUAAAAUGUUUUCUGAUCGAAGCCAACGAGAAAAAAAAUCAAAAAAAAAAAUUUUCUCCGUCGGAUCCAUUACAAGCGUAUUAUUAUUUAAUUUCUCAUGAUGAUCCGAAAAAAUAUCGAGUUAUUGGUCGUUCAAGCGUUCAGAAGAUAACCAAUGAUAAAGCCGUCGUUACCAACAUUGCUGGUGAUGUACGGAUCCUGAAAUCAGGUACUUUAGAUUAUUGUCGAAAAGAAUUAAAGUUGAAGGUGCAGGAAAUGGAAGAACAAAACGAAGACAAAGCAAUAGAUGAACAAGAUGAAGACGACGAUGAUGACAAUGAAAUAAGUGAAGAUGAAGAUAAUGACGACGACUGGUAUAUUGGUCAAUCAUCAACUAGUUGUUUAAAAAGACCUAGUGAUGGACUUAGCACUCCUGCUUUGAAACGUUCAUAUAAUAAAGCCAAGACAACAUCCCAAUCAAAUCAACGUUUUAAUCGUGAUCGCUCCUUACAAAGGAAUGGUAGAUGCCAAUCCAAAGUUACCGUUUCUCAUGAUCUUCCUGCUAAAAAUAAUUCAAAUAAUAAUCAUCCAGAUAAAAUUACUGGUAAUGUUUCAGGGUUCACCAGCUCUUCACAAGAUGAUCAUCGCCAUAUUGAUACAAAUACUGAAUCUAAGUUUAAACAAGAGAUGAUCAGUGGUAUAAGAUCAUUAAAAAAAACAGUUUCAAAAUUGACUAAAACUGUUGAAUAUUUAACGAUUCCAUCAUUACCGAAAAAUGAUCAAUUGUCAUCCUAUCGUGAUGAGAAUGACAAAGAAAAUUUUCAAGAUGAAAUUCAUCUUCUUUAUCUAACGGAAAGAGAAUUUUCUGAUGAUGAUUCAAAAACAAGUGCUGAUGAAAUUGCUGCAUCGCAGCAAUUAUUUGAUGUUUUAAAAUCAUUUAAAGACAGCUAUUUUAAUGAACUCAAUGUGUACGAAACUCUCGACUUUGAUGAUGAAUAUGAUGAAAUAGCGGAAGAAGAAGAAAGUACUGAUGAAGAAGAUGAAAGCAUCGAUGACAUGGAUGAUUUUGAGGAAAAUCAACAAAUGCAUAUUUAUAAUCAAUUUACAUUGGAAGAAAUGGAAGAUAUAAUCGAAUGGGUUGAUCAACAUCCAAAUUAUAAGUUUACGACUAUUAAACAUAGAUUUCAAAAACCUAUUACAUCAGCUGAUGGUCAAUUAUUAGACAAAUUUUUACUUAUUCUUCAAGAAACAGAGAAUGAAUUCGGUAAAAGAGUAGAAAGAGAUUUAAUCGUACCACCAAAUGUUGUAGUGCGAGCUUCAAAGUCUGGUAAAAGUAGUGAUGAAAAACAUCGGACGUUUUUGAAUGAAGUUCUACGUCCGUUGGUUGGUCGAAAAUUUCUUCUUUUCCUUGAUUGUUGGACAACUCAAACUGAUCUAAAAAAAUUUAGAGCAGUAUUUCCACAUCAAGACAGUCAGUUAUUAGUUUUUCCUGAAGGAUCAACUGGUCAUAUUCAACCUCAAGAUUUAUCUUUAUUUCGUUCCUGGCGAUACUUUCGCAAGAAAAUCGAGCAUUACGUUCAUAUCAAUCGAACAGAAAUGAACUUGAAUGAUCGUCAAUAUUUCAUAAAUAUGCAUUCCAUCAUCCACAAUCAACUAUCUGCUCCACCAUUUAAAAAUCUCAUCAAGUCUGGAUUUAUACAAGCCAAGAUAUUGAACGAAAUAGUUGGUGAAAUCAACAAACCAAAGGAUGUUUGCUUUAAAUUCUAUGAUCUUUAUUGUUCAGCUAUUCGUUGUGAAGAGCGAACUCUUCUAACUUGUGCUUGGUGCAAAAGACACCUUUGUUAUUAUCAUUUGAUUGAAGAUCUACAUCUUCAUUUGUGA